CAUUUUAUAGAUACUUGAUUCGCACCUUCCUUCCACAGAAUUACAUACAUAAUCAAUUUAAGCUUAUUCCCACUUCAAAUUAGUGUCAUGUGACACAGUUCAUCACCCUUCGUAACGUCCGUGCGUUUUCUGAUUCUCUCUCUUUCUUUUUACUUCAAAGUAAAUAAAAUCAACAUAGAAGCAAAAGAAAGCGAGAAAAGAAGGAAACGGAAGAAGAAACGUGACCCCUACAUCUGGAGCUACGCCACGUUAUUGUAGCCCUAUCUAUCUCGAAAAAGGAUAUCACGGACCAAUUUGCAUCCCCUCUGAUACCCACUAGCCAUGCCUCCAAGCUCGAGCCAGAAAAGUGCUAUAGCGCAGUUUGUGAGCGUUACUGGAGCAAAAGACAGCGUUGCUACAAAGGUACAGCAUCAACCAGCUUACCCUGCACGCGUACUUUCGGCCGUGGUCUCAAGCAGAAGCCUCCAACACCCGGCGUAUGCUGUAUGCUGACUAUAACUGACUGUAAAUGAUAUCAGUGUCUCAAAGCAAAUGGUUGGAAAGUAGACCAAGCUAUCGAUGACUACUUUCAGAACGGACAGUCAGGAACAGUACAGGAAAAAACCGCUGCGGUGAACAAGAUAUUUGACAAGUAUCGAGGUAAAAGAGCCACCCAUGAUUUUGUUUCCUCACUGUACUAAUGGGGAUCCUAGAUGACCCUGACAGCCCUGAUGAAAUUGGAAUCAAUGGAGCUAUGAAGUACUUUGGUGACCUUCAGGUCAGGUUAGAUGAGGUCGCCUGUCUUGCUGUAGCCGAGCUAUUACGUUCUCCAUCCAUGGGAGAAUUCACCCGAGAAGGGUUUGUCGAAGGAUGGAGAGGAACCACUGAGUGUGAUACCAUUGAGAAACAAGCCUCGUAUGCGAAUGGCCUGCGCAAACUGUUAUUGGAUGACCCAAAUUACUUCCGACGAGUAUAUCGCUAUACCUUCUUACUGUGUCGAAUGCAGGGCCAGCGCAACGUUAACAUAGAACUUGCUGUUGAACAGUGGCAGCUUUUCUUCACCUCAGAGAACGGUGGCGUUGCAUGGGAGACCAGGUCUGUUCCAUGGCUGAAAUGGUGGAUCGAAUUUAUUGAAACUAAACAUAAGCGCCCGAUUAAUAAGGAUCUGUGGGAGCAAACGGAGGUUUUGAUGCGCAAAACCAUGGAGGAUGAGUCCAUGGAUUGGUGGAGCUCUGAUGCUGCUUGGCCGGGAGCUAUCGAUGAUUUUGUUGCCUUUGUUAAAGAGAAGCAGGGAGCGACGGCAAUGCAGCAAUGAUGGGUAUAGUCCGGACUACUAUGUGAGGUACAUCGAUUUGGACAUUACGCCAUUAUAUUCCGCCUUUAUUUUGAAGUUUUCAUACUGCUCUAUCGUUAUGAUGGAACACCACCUUGUUAUUUGCUCGCUAAGUCGGCGUGGACUGCAUUCCAUAGACUCACUCUCUGAAGCAUAGUUCAACAAUAGCUCUCAAAAUAAAUAUGCCCGCAAUAACUACGUAAAAAAAUUCCUUCAUAAUUGGCGGCUUUGC